UCCGCUCGGAUUUCUGCGCUGGGACUGUAUUUAUUUAUUUAUGUUGGGGUUUCACCGCAUGAAGUGUUCCGAUCCGCUGGAAGGGUUCUGGCGCCGGGGAUGGUGCACCUGCUGGGAAUACUCCUGCUACUGCUGCUGCUGCCGAGUUCUCCAGGUUUUAAAUGUCUAAACACUGCAGAUCCUUGUGUAAAUGGGGGGAGCUGCCAAUCGCUCAGUAACGGUACUGCGACCUGUCUCUGUGUGCCGCCCUACGUUGGCGAGCUGUGCCAGUACUCGGACCCUUGCUGGGGCAGUCCGUGCCUGCACGGCGCCACGUGUGUGAGCCGUGUGGGGAAUGGCUCUGCCGAAGCCUUCUGCUCCUGCCCGCCGGGGUACGCGGGCCGGCUGUGCGGCGAGCCAGAGGAGAGCGCCUGCCAGGAAAACCCGUGCCUGAACCGCGGGGCGUGUGAGCUGGACCCUGCCUCUGGCUACCGGUGCAAGUGUCAGCGCGGCUGGACCGGGCACCACUGCCAGCUGGCGGACAUGUGCAGCGCCAACCCGUGCACUAACGGUGGGAGGUGCACCAGCACCGAGGGGCAUUUCACCUGCCGAUGCCCCCUGGGGUUCGAGGGCCAGGUCUGCGAGGUCGACGUUGAUGAGUGCUUCUCCGGAGGGGAUGGGCCCUGCCGGAACGGAGCCGGCUGCCUCAACGUGCCUGGCUCGUACAAAUGUGUGUGCCCGCCCGGAUUCACCGGCUCCAGCUGCCAGCUCCCCUCCGCCUCCUGCUUCCCUUCGUUCUGCCAGAAUGGGGGCACCUGCCUCCCAAGGCCCGGCCUGAUGCACCACUGCGCCUGCCUCCCAGCUUUUACCGGCCGGUUUUGCGAAGUGAACGUUGAUGACUGUAAGGAACACCGGUGUCAGAACGGCGGCACUUGUGUGGACCGGGUCAGCAGCUACGAUUGUAAAUGCCCCCCGAUGUGGACCGGCCAGUACUGCACCGAGGAUGUGGAUGAGUGCCAGCUGCAGCCCAACCUGUGCCAGAACGGGGGCACAUGCACCAACACGGACGGGGGCUUCAGCUGCAUCUGCGUCAAUGGCUGGUCUGGCCAGGACUGUGGGGAGAACAUCAAUGACUGUACCGAGACCUCCUGUGCUCACGGUGCCACCUGCCACGACAAGGUGGCAAACUUUGUGUGCGAGUGCCCGCCUGGUAAAAAAGGCCUGUUCUGCCAGCUGGAUGACCCGUGCGUCAAUAACCCGUGCCAUGAGAAUGCAGUGUGCGAGAUGAACCCACUAACAGGAGACGCCAUGUGCCAGUGUCCCCUCGGCUUCACUGGACUGUCGUGCAAGCAGGACAUUAACGAGUGCUCGAUGGAUGCCAACCCCUGUGAGCUCAAUGGGCGCUGCGUGAACAAUGUGGGAUCUUUCGAGUGUCGCUGCCUGGCAGGAUACACGGGCGCACGAUGUGAGCUGGACAUCAAUGAGUGCCGGUCCAAUCCCUGCCGGAACGAGGCCACGUGCCUGGAUCAGAUUGGCGAGUUCAAGUGCAUCUGCAUGGCUGGAUAUGAAGGCCUGUUCUGUGAGAUCAACACCGACGAAUGCCAAAGCUAUCCCUGCCUGAAUAACGGGGCCUGUCAGGAUCUGGUGAAUGGCGUGCACUGCCUGUGCCCUCCAGGAUUCACUGGGCAGCGAUGCAGCAUCGACAUCGACGAGUGCUCCAGCACGCCUUGCUUCAAUGGAGGAAAGUGUGUCGAUGGCCCUGGGCACUACCACUGCGAGUGCCCUGAAGGAUUCACAGGCCCACUCUGUCGGAUGGAUAUUGACGACUGUUUUCCAAGUCCCUGCCGCUAUGGCACGUGCCAGGAUGGGAUAGCCAGCUUCUCCUGUGCCUGCAUGCCCAGGUACACUGGAAGGCUCUGUGAUGUCGAGGUGGACGAGUGUCUGAGCAGGCCCUGCCACCACAGCGGGCAAUGUAUCAACCUUUUGAAUGGCUAUCGGUGUGAUUGCCCACCUGGCACCACAGGGCUGCUCUGUGAGAAUGUCAUUGAUGAUUGCGUGGGUAAUCUGUGCCAGUUUGGCAAAUGCAAAGAUGGAUCAAACAGUUACAUCUGUGUGUGCGACCCUGGUUUCACAGGGUUUCAUUGUGAUGUUGACAUUGAUGAGUGUGUCUCCAGUCCCUGUCACAACGGGGGUACGUGCCAGGACCGGGUGAAUGGGUUCGCCUGUGUGUGCCCGGACGGCUAUUCCGACCCUCAGUGCGUGUCCAGGAUGGAUCACUGCGGGAACCACCCGUGUGCACAGGGGACCUGCAUCGACCAUGACAGUGGGUUUACAUGCGUUUGCCAGCCUGGCUGGACAGGGCCCACAUGCCAGGUGGAGGUGAAUGAAUGUGAGUCGCAGCCCUGUGGUCACGGAGGGACGUGUGUUCACCAUGUGAAUGGCUACAGCUGUCUCUGCCCAAAGGGCUUCACAGGUCAGCACUGUCAGAGCGAUCAGGAUGACUGUGUGUCCGAGCCCUGCCUAAACAAUGCCAGCUGCCUGGAUGGUAUAGCCAGCUACGUGUGUCAAUGUGAGCUUCCCUACACAGGUCAGCACUGCGAGACAUUACUUGCCCCUUGUGUUCCGGACCCUUGUAAAAAUGGUGGAAGCUGUAUGGAGUCUGCGGACUACGUCUCGCUUACCUGCGCCUGUCAGGCUGGGUGGAGAGGGAGGCUCUGUGAGGAGGACGUCGAUGAGUGCGUCUCUCACCCGUGCCUCAAUCGGGGGCAGUGCUGGAAUUCUGAUGGCGGGUACCUCUGCAAAUGCCAAGCAGGUUACAGUGGCCGGCUGUGUGAUGUGGACAUCGAUGACUGCUCAACCAACCCAUGCCAAAAUGGUGGCUCCUGCGAGGACGGGGUAGACUCCUUCAGCUGCUCCUGCCCCGUGGGCUUCGCUGGCGUCCGAUGCCAAGAGGACAUUGACGAGUGUGACAGUGACCCUUGCCAGAACGGAGCGACGUGCAAUGACUGUGUCAAUGGGUACACCUGCACCUGCCCCCUGGGCUACGACGGCAUCUGCUGUGAGAACGACAUCCCGGACUGUACUCCGAGCUCCUGCCUGAAUGGGGGCACAUGCGUCGACCAAGUGGCCAACUUCUCAUGCCAGUGCCCAGCUGGGUUCGAAGGUCACUACUGCCAGCAGGAAAUCAACGAGUGUGACUCGCAGCCCUGCCUGAACGGAGGCACCUGCCUUGAUGGCUAUGGGACCUACAAGUGCUCCUGUGCUCAGGGCUACACAGGCAGCAGUUGCCAGACUCUGAUAAACUGGUGCGCCAAACCCGUGUGUAAGAACGAUGGUCGGUGCGAGCAGGUGAACACCACCUUCCACUGCGAGUGCAAGAUGGGCUGGUCGGGGCUUUACUGCGACGUGCCCAAGGUCUCCUGUGAGGUUGCAGCUGCCGAGAGGGGUUUGGAUAUUUCGCGGCUGUGCCAGCACGGCGGGCGCUGUUUCGAAGCUGGAAACUCUCAUUACUGCCAGUGCCAAGCAGGCUACCAGGGCAGCUACUGUGAGACAGAGACGGACGAGUGCCAACCCAACCCCUGCCAGAAUGGGGCCACCUGCCACAAUUUGGUCGCAAAGUAUUCCUGCCAGUGUCUGCCCGGUUUCUAUGGCACAAACUGCUCGGAAGAGGUCGAUGAGUGUCGGUCACAGCCCUGUCACAACGGUGGGACCUGCAUUGAUCUGAUCAACAGUUUUAAAUGUUCCUGCCCGUAUGGCACCCAGGGAGUGCAGUGUGAGGUUGAUGUGGAUGACUGUGCCCAGGGAUUGGCACUGCCCCAGCCGCUCUGCUACCACGGUGGGCAGUGUGUGGAUAGAAUUGGAGGAUACUCGUGUGUGUGCCCAGCCGGCUUUGUGGGUGAUCGCUGUGAGGGAGACGUUAAUGAAUGUCUAUCCAACCCCUGCCAGCCUGCGGGCACACGGAGCUGUGUCCAACUGGUCAACGCCUACCGCUGCGAGUGCCAGCCCGGCUACACCGGCCCACGUUGUGAGUCAGUCAUUGACCGCUGCACGAGCGGACCCUGCAGGAAUGGAGGAAGCUGCGUCCUUGCCCUCAAUACGCCUCUCGGAUUCCUGUGCAAGUGCCCGGCGAAUUAUAGCGGAGGACAGUGUGAGAAUCAGAGUUCCUGCGGGAGACGACCCUGUCUCAACGGAGGUCUGUGCAUCUCCGGGCGGUGUGUGUGCCCGGCGGGCUACUCCGGCCCGGACUGCUCGGCCUCGGAAGGCUGCACAGGGGGGCCAGCCUGCCGGGACGGGAGCCCGUGCCCUCCCGGGUCCAGGGGCCCCGGCUGCCGGCCGCCCCCGUGGGGCGUCUGCCCUGGAGAUCGGUGCGGGGCCCGGGCCGGAGACGGAUCCUGCGACCCGGAAUGCGACACCCCGGCCUGCGGUUGGGAUGGCGGCGACUGCCCCGGCGACCCCUGGUGGAGGUGCCAGGAAGCGCAGGUGUGCCGGAGCCGCUUCCGGGAUCAGGUGUGCGACCGGGAGUGUGACAAUGCCGAAUGCCAGUUCGAUGGAUUCGACUGCCGAGGGCAGACGGGACCCUGCAACCCUCGAUAUGGCGCCUACUGUGAGCAUCACUACAAUGACGGGCACUGCGACCGGGGCUGUGGUGUGGCCAGCUGUGGUUGGGAUGGCACGGACUGUGAGCAGCCGGGCACGGGGAGCUUUGCCGGGGGCACGCUGGUGCUGGUGGCCCGGCUGAGGCCCGCGAGGCUCAGGCACAGCCUGUCGAGUUUUCUGUGGCGCCUGGGCAUGGCCCUGCGCUCUGCCGUGAGGGUGCGGAAAACGCCGGGCGGGCACGACAUGAUCUACCCGUACCACAGUCACAGGGACCUGGACAACCUGAUGGUGCUGGUCUACAACAUCAGCAGCGCGGGGAGGGGCCGCCGGGUGAGAGAGCUUCACCGCGACGGUGAGGACCAGGACCAGGAGGAGGGGCACGAUGCCAUCGGGUGCAUCGUCUUCGUGGAGAUCAGCACCCAGGUGUGCCUGGCAUCAUACAGCUCCUGCCUGUCCACCACCCUGGACGCGGCUUCGUUUGUGGCUGCACUAGCAUCCUCCAAGAAUGGCAGCCAGGAGUUCCCCUUCCCUCUGCGAGCAGUUGGCGUGACGGCUGAGAAAGGGCCCGAACCCGUCUCAUUUCCUUGGAAAUUGACUGGGAUUUCCCUCGCUGUCCUCUUCGUGGUGGCCAUCGGGGUCUUCGUUGGGUUUCGUGUGGCCCGGAAGGAGAAGCAGAAGCGGGCCCCCCUCUGGAUGCCACCGGGCUUUGCCCCACGUAAGGAGCCCAAGAACUACAAAAGGAGGGAGCCGGUGGGGGAAGAUGCCAUUGGCAUGAAGAUCCUGAAUCAGGAAACCGACUGUGAGGAUGAAGAAGAAAAUCAAAAUUCCUUGGUAGACGGCCCACCCAGCAACAAGAAAUCCAAGUCUGAGGUGAUCCCAAUGCUGCCCGAUCAUCGCAAAUGGAGCCAGAAACACAUCAAGGCUGUUGUCAAUGUUCCUCAGUCUGUAGCACUAACCCCACCACAGGAAAACACAGAAUGCGUGGAUGUUGAUGCAAGAGGCCCAGAUGGAGUGACUCCGUUGAUGCUGCCGGCCUGCGCUGGCGGGGGCCUGGGAUCCGGCCUGGCCGAGGCGGAGACCACGGGAGGCUCGGCUGGCGUCAUCGCAGACCUGCUGGGCCAGGGGGCCAGCCUACAGCUCCAGACGGAUGUGACCGGCGAGACGGUGCUGCACCUGGCUGCCCGCUUCUGCCGGGCAGAUGCCGCCCGGUGCUUGCUGGACAUGGGGGCGGACACCGACGCUCAGGACAGAUCGGGGCGAACGCCGUUACACACCGCUGUGGCAGCUGAUGCACUGGGAGUCUUCCAGAUACUCCUGCGCAACAGGUCGACGGAUGUGGAUGCGCGGAUGCAUGAUGGGACAACGCCGCUGAUCCUCGCAGCUCGUCUCGCAAUCGACAACAUGGUGGAGGAGCUCAUCAGUUGCAACGCAGACGUCAGUGCAACAGACAACCACGGUAAAUCAGCUCUACACUGGGCUGCCGCUGUCAACAAUGUGGACACAGUGAUGGUUCUGCUGCGAAAUGGAGCUAACAAAGACCUGCAGGACCAUAAGGAGGAGACCCCACUGUUUCUCGCUGCCCGGGAAGGGGGUUAUGAAACGGUACAGUUGUUGUUGGCAGAGCAGGCUAACCGGGAGCUGGCCGACCACAUGAGCUUCCUUCCUCGUGACAUAGCGGCUCAGCGCCAACACCAUGACAUUGUGGAGCUGCUGGGGGAGUGGUGCGGGUCUGGAGACCUGGACCAGGCCUCAGCUACGCAGCCCUCGGCCUUCGCCCCUCCCCCGGCCCCUGCUCCUUCCCUUCCUCAGGCCCAGGCCCCCAGGAAGAAGGGGGGCAGGCAUUGCUCUCUCCGGGGGCAGACCCCUGUGGCCCCUCGUCCUCCCCAGAUCGACCUGAAUAACUCACUGUACGUCCCCCUCCCCUCCUGCUAUCGGACCCCUUGCCCUUACCCAGGCCCGGGAGUCCACCAACGCUUCCUCCUGGGUCUCCCGGACUCCUCGGCCUGGAGGCCCGUGCCUCCCUGGGUGGGUUUCGGAACAGCCGAGGUUCCCGCUCCCCCUCCCGGGGUCCGGGAGCAGACCCCCUCCACCUCCAGCCCCUACCCCACACCCCCGUCCCAGCACGGCUACCCGUCUCCUCCCAUCCCUGAGCCCGGACCCCGGGCACCUCAGGUUGCCCCCGGGAGACACCCGUUCCUCACUCCAUCCCCCGAGUCUCCCCCCGAUGCCUGGUCUAGCUCUUCGCCCCCUCCCCACUCCGAGCUCCCCAACUGGCCCGAGGGCCUCAUCAGCCCAGCCUCUUAGACAGAGGGUGGACGCUGCCCCGUUCACAGUCACUCACACUCACCUUUACACUCUCACUCACACUCACCUUUACACACACACUCACACUCACCUUUACACACUCACACCCACCUUUACACACUCACCUUCACACACACACUCUCACGCUCACUUUUACACAUUCACUCACACCUUUAUACACUCACACGCACUCACCUUUAAACAUACACUCACACUCCCCUUUACACACACACUCACACUCACAUUUACACACACUGUCACACUUACCUUUACACACUCACACUCACUCAUUCACACUCACCUUUACACACUCACAUUUACACACACACAUUUACAUUUACAUGCACAUACUCACAUUUAUAUAUACACACACCAACACACUCAUGCAUUUACACACAGUCACUCAUGUUUGCACACACACUCAUAUUUACACAUAGUCACAUUUACACACUCAUACACAUUUACACACACCCACCCAUGUCAUAUGCUCACACAUUCACACCUCACACUCACUCACACACUCUCACUGUUACAAAUUUCACACACACACUUACUCACAUUCACACAGUCUUAUUCACACGCAUGCACAUUCUCACACACUCUCUCUCUCUCUCUCUCACACACACGCACGCGUGCACGCACACACGCGCACACAAUCUCUGUCUCUCUGGGACCCAGGCCGAUUGGUCCACGCGUAGGAACACUGGCGCUGUGCCACAUCAAAUCCCCACCCCAUGUCCCGCUGCCUGCUCGAGUGACCGAGGGAGUGGGUUGAGGGUGAGGGUGAGGGAUUGGCGUAGCUCGGCCAUGGCAUUAGCUGGUAUGCCCCCCCUUCCACCCGGCACUGUGGCCGUAUCAGAGGUACAGUCUGCCCACCAUUGCAGACUGUUGCUCCUGUGCUGUCAGAGCCCUGGCCCACCUUGGCAUACAGACUGCACUUAUACGUUCUGGAUGCCACCGGGCUUCAGCCAAACUCCUCCCUGAGGAAUGAUGGAGAGAGAUGUGAUUUAUAACCCCUAAACCCCACACCUCACCUCCCCCUCACUCUCUGCCGUAAAGUCCACCCCGACCAAAUCCGAGCGAGAUCAACAGGGCACACUUACCUGCUGUUGCUCCGUGCCAGCUGCAGCGAAAACCAGUCUGCCCCCUGCUCCCCCAAAAGCCAUACGAAGCAGCCUCCCCUUUCCGACAUUGGCUUCUCUUUCUUCCUCACCAUCCUGAAGAGGGCCGAGGUUUAAAAAGACACUUCACCCCUCUGCUCCACCCUCUCGCCACAGUCACUUCACACCUUCCACCCCGUCCUCCGCAGCCUGCCGUCCACCGAGAGAAGGAGGUGGUGAUGUUGUGUAACUGCGAGGAGGAUGGUCAUUGUACCAAGGGUGCCCGUUCUCCUGGAGGUGCUGACAAUCCAAAAAAGGCAGUGUGAAGAGAUAGCACCAAGCCAUCACCAACAGGACAGAAAACUCCAGCUUCUAACAGUUCAAAGCUGCUCUUCCUAAUUAGAGUCGUAGAGUCAUACAGCGUGGAAACAGACCCUUCGGUCCAACUCAUCCAUGUCAACCAGAUAUCCUGGGUUAAUCAUUUGGCCCAUAUGCUGUUUAAAUGCCCCUGAUGUGGCUGGGUUAACUACAUUGGCAGGCAGGGCGUUCCACACCCUUACCACUCUCUGAGUAGAGAACCUGCCUCUGACAUCUGUCUUAAAUCUAUCACCCCUCAAUUUGGAACUAUGCCCCCUUGUACAAGCUGAAGACAUCAUCCUCGGAAAAAGACUCUCACUGUCCACCCUAUCUAAUCCUGGCAAGUACUAGAUUGGGUCACUAAUUAGACUCUGGAAGGACUGCCUUAUAUCAUUUUUACUUUAAGGAUACCUUACAAAAGGGUAACCAACUCCAGUAUUCUAAAAUCAAAACUCCAAAAAUGGUAUUAAUUUAUAUGCAUAUCAUACACCUCUCAUCAUACAUCCAAGUUUCUUGGCAUUUCAGAGCUUUGCAAAUCUUUCAUCGCUGAAAUAAUGGUUCUUUGUCAUUCUUCCUGCCAAAAUUAACAAUUUAAUAUCUUCCACAGCUGUGUUUUUCAGGACACUGCCCAUUCACUUAACCAUCUUUAUCUCUUCAUAGCCUCCCACACAACUGUAUUUCAUACUCAUAUUUAAAAAAACUUAAGCUGGAGAUCUGAAACAAAAACAGAAAUUAAGCAUAUGGAUGAUGAGGGGAUAGUGUAGGGGGAUGGGCUUAGAUUAGUUCACAGGUCGGCGCAACAUCGAGGGCUGAAGGGCCUGUUCUGCGCUGUAUUGUUCUAUGAUCUAUGUUCUAUCCCUCCAAACCCUUCCUACUCAUGUACCCAUCCAGAUGCCUUUUAAAUGUUGUAACUGUACCAGCCUCCACCACUUCCGCUGGCAGCUCAUUCCAAACACGCUCCAUCCUCUGUGUGAAAAAUGUUACCCCUCAGGUCCCUUUUAAAUCUUUCCCCUCUCACCAUAAACGUACGCCCCUCUAGUUUUGGACUCCCCUACCCGUGGGAAGAAGACCUGUCCACGCCCUUCAUGAUUUUUUCAACCUCUAUAAAGUCACCCUUCAGCCUCCGAUGCUCCAGGGAAAAUAGCCCCAGCCUAUUCAGCCUCUCCCUAUAGCUCAACCCCCCCCCCGAUCCGUGACAACAUCCUGGUAAAUCUUUUCUGAACCCUUUCAAAUUUCACAACAUCCUUCCUAUAGCAGGGAGACCAGAACUGAGCACAGUGUUCUCAAAGUGGCCGAACCAAUAUAUGACCACAACAUGGCCUCCCAACUCAUGUAGCUUUUGGACCAAAGAUGUGAGAGGAGGGUUAAUUGUGGGGUGGAGGUGGAAAUGGUGAUUAGGAACCAGGGAGCUGGUUCAGCCAUUGGAGUCCAUGAUGCAUGUCCAGGGCAACAGAAAUUGCUGCAGCAGCUCAACAGGCCCUGGUGACGCCUGUGCAGAGGGAGAGAGGAGACACAGCAUUAAUGUUGUGAAUGCAGAAUUAGGCUGCAUCGUGUCCCUCUCGGAGGACCCUACAAUUGGAUUUGGAAAGGACAGCUGACACAGAUUUGGUGAUACCCUACUCGAGGGAAUGGGUUAUAUAAACGACAGGGCUAAUGGGCAAAAGCAGGGUGGGGUGGGGGCGUGGGGGACCAGUUGGAUAGGUCCGCCAAGGUGUCAGCACAGACACAAUAAACAACUGGCUCCAACUCAAGACAUUUAGCAGGUCUGUAAGCCUCCUCUCCAACAGUGUUCGCGAUCAAUCCACUAACGAAAGGAAGUUAGAAACGAUGGUCUCUGGCCCGCAUAUGCAACCUGCAGGUGAUCUGUAAUGAUUUGUAUGAAUGAGGAAUAAGUCAUUCACCCUGUCUAGCCCCGUCCAAUCCAACCAUGGCUGACCUGUAUGAGUUGCCAUUCCAUGUCCCACAGGAAAUUGACGGCGUGGCAAGCUGCCCUCUGCUUGAGUCACUGCACCAACUUGUCAGUGAAACCAAAGCUGGGAUACCCCUUCUCCGAGGGCCCAGUUAGCUCAGCUCUCAGCAUGUACCCAGUACCACCAACUGUGUGGGUUUGAUUCCCACACCAGCUGAGUUUACCAUGAAGAACUCUCCUUCUCAACCUCUCCCCUUGCCUGAGACGCGAUGGCCCCUGGGCUAAACCACCACCAUCUCUCUCUCUCUCAGCGAGCAGUGCAGUGGGACUAUGACAAAGUUAACACUCUCACAUCCUUUGGACCACACAACAUUGGAAUUUUCAAUCCCUCGGCAAGAUAGAGGCCUUACUCCAAGAUGGUGUCAAGAAUUAAUUUCUUUAUUGUAUUUAUUGAUGUCCCACUUCCGAUCUCUCCUGGUUACUUAAAUGCAGCAUUUUAUUAAAGAGGUUAUUUUUGAUAUUAUUUUAUAAAUAC